GGAUGAUGAUGAUGAUGACUUGCUUGUUUGUUAGUAAAUGCUAAUGCUUUGUUUCAUAUAAAAUACACUAACUAAAAAAUAUACUCUGAGUGAUCAGUAAAAAUAUACAUGUGAUUACUCCCAAGUAAUCUAAAUCCAUGUAUGCAAAUUGAUUUAUUUCAUUGAAAAUAACUGGAAGCCGUUUUUCAACAACAUAUAAUUAGCAUUUAAAUAAAUUUCAGUAUGACUACCAAAGCUACUUACCUGGAGCACUACCUCGACAGUUUGGAAACAUUGCCCAAGGAACUUCAAAGAAAUUUUAAUUUGAUGCGAGAUCUUGAUAUGAGAGCUCAAGAUGACCUGAGGACCAUCGACACCCUCUCGGCAGACUUCCUGAAGAACAUUCGUGAGCUGCCUUCCGAUGCCAAGGCCGAGCAGAUGGCCAAGAUCAAGAAGCUCUUCAAGAAAGCUCAAGACUAUGGAGAUGACAAGGUGCAGCUUGCUAUGCAGACCUACGAGAUGGUUGACAAGCACAUAAGACGACUGGAUGCUGACCUUGCCAGAUUUGAGGCAGACCUCAAAGAGAAGACUCUCAACCCAAAUCCCCCAGAUGCAGAUCCCUCCCAAAAGAAGAAAGGUCGAAAAACUGCUGAAAAGGAGAAAAAGAAAGGGAGGAAGGCAGCAUCAGAUGAUGACGAGAUUCCAAAAUCUGUCCGUAAAAAAAUGAAGGCUCAAGCUGUGGUUCAGCCGGAGAUUGUACCUCUCCCAGCCACCCUGGAGUUUGGCCAACCCUCGGAUGUCCUUGACAUGCCUGUAGACCCAAAUGAGCCCACUUACUGCUUCUGCCACCAGGUGUCCUAUGGAGAGAUGAUCGGUUGUGACGAUCCCGAUUGUCCUAUCGAAUGGUUCCAUUUUGCAUGCGUGGGGCUGACGAGCAAGCCGAAGGGGAAGUGGUUCUGUUCCAACUGCUCGGCCGAUAGGAAGAAGAAGUGAGAACCGCCACCCCUUCGCUCUGCUCCACCAAUUGGAGGACCAAAGACAUGGUUGUCUGUCCUGUGAAAAUCCUAGUGAGAACACAAGCAUAUCUUUGAAAGCAUCUUGUUUUUAUGCUGUAACCGGUAGUGGAUAUCAUUGCGGUUGUCAAUGUUUCUUUUACUUUAUUAUUCUUUUUAAAUAAUAAAAAAACUAAAAUGUUCAUUAUUUUUUCCUCAUUUUUUUCUUUUAAACAUCUGUUCUGUAUUGUAUGAUUUGCUGACGACAUGCUAAUAGCAUGACAAAUAGGUUGGAAAACUGUGAGACUGGGAAUACAGUGUGCUUUUCUACCUAUGAAAUGGGGGGCUUGGGGUCACACAGAUGUAACUACACUCACCAUAAAUUUUCAAUAACACGAAGUCGUAUCAACUGUUGCAUUUAUGUUUCUGUAAACAAGGUUAAACAUUAUGUGUAGAUUAGGCAUGCACAAAUCAGAACUCGAGCCAGGUGAACAUGCUCUCUUGUGACUCUUAAAUAGAUUGAAGUCUGAUAUGCCUGUUCCCAAAAGUAACAAAAAAAAAUAAUAAUAAUGUAGUUACGUUUGUGUGACCCUAAGCCCCCGAAAUGUGAGCUGCCUUUCGUAAAGUGGCUAAAAGAGAAGAAAAAUUUAGGACAACUUUCGCUAAAACAAGUUUUUUUCUAAAUAUUUUAAAUUAAUGCUGUGUUUUUUGAAAACAGAUCUGAAGUAAAUUUAAAACUGUCUGCAAAAUCAAACACAUUCUUUAAAAUUUAUUUUUCCUAUAUCUCUGCCAACAGUAAAAAUGUAAAGUUGAAUGCGAGUGGGAUGUCACUAUGUAACUAUCAAUUAUAUUAUUUACUUCUUUUUCAGUAUUAUUCAUUAGUGGCGCUGCAAAACUGGCAAGCAAUAUUUUUCACUCGCCAAAAAAUCUUGGCCGAUACAGAAAUUGGCAAAAAAAACAUCAAAACUUUCUGCAAAUGGCGUCCACUUGCUCGUCUAUGUUACCUGUAUUUGCUCGAGAAAACAUCUAUUGAAGCCAUUUUAAAAAUAAAAAAUGAUAAUGAACUUUUUAAGUAGUUAGAAUUGUGAUAUUGUCAUUCUUCCAAAGUGUAUAAAAUAGUUUCUAUUUGUUUUAUGCUACGCAAUUAAUAAAAAAAUUUUGACUCAUAUGUGAAUUACGAAUGUAAGGGCAGUAAUUUGCCUUAAUGUUCCGGUUUUCUUUUAGAGACCAUUCAUAAAUCAUGUCACACUUUUUUUUUUAAUUUUGUCCUCCCUCCCCCUCUAUUUUGUCUCCAAGUGUCUCACUUCAUCUUACCCUUUCCCUUCCCCUUGACACAUGUCAUCUUUUAAUAAGCAUAUUACUAUUAAGAAAUGUAUGUUGUCACACUUCUUGUUACAUCCUUCUGUUGCAAUGUCACAAAACUGCCUCCCCUCUCAAAAUGUGACAUCAUUUGUAAUCAACACCUUUCUUUACGUUUGGAAGUACAAUUCUCGGUACUUUUCGUUGUAAGUACAUGACUUGAUGACUUAUUU